UUUACGGAAUACAGAUAUAUAUAUACGUGAAAAUUAUAAAAUUUCAAUAAAUACUGUAGAUUUUGAAUACUCGAAAAUAGUCUCUCUACCUCCGCAAAGGUAGGGUAUGACUGCGUACAUACUACCCCUCCAGAUGUUAUUUGUGGGAAUACACUAGAUAUGUUGUUGUUUUUGUUGUAGAUUCUGAAUACUUUGGUUUUAAUUAUGUUAUAUGAUUUGCAGCUGAGAGUAUGGGAUUCCCACUAAUACCACCAUAUGCUGGUGUUAUGAAAAACAUGACAAGUAACAGAAAUUCAAUAAGAGGAGUGAAUUUUGCAGUAGCAGGAGCUACAGCAGUAGAUAUAUCUUUUUUGCAGAAAAGAGGAGUCAAGAACCCAGCCACCAAUGUGUCCUUAGGAACUGAAUUGGAAUGGUUCAAACAAAUGUUGCCAAUUUUGUGCAAUUCUCCUACAAGUUGCCGAGAGUUUCUUGGAAAUUCACUAGUUCUAAUGGGGGAAAUUGGAGGCAAUGAUUAUAAUCAUCCAUUUUCUCAAGGAAAGCCGAGGGAAGAAGUUCAGACAUAUGUGCCUGAAGUUGUUAAAGCAAUUGGCCUGGCCAUUCAUGAACUAAUUGAACUUGGAGCUCAAACACUUAUUGUUCCCGGAAAUCUACCAAUUGGAUGUUCAGCUUCUUAUUUAACUAAUUUUAAGAACUCAAAUAAAAAUGAAUAUGAUUCUGAAACUGGUUGCAUAAAUUGGUUAAACAAUUUUGCUGAAUAUCAUAAUCAACUACUUCAAGAAGAAAUCCAUCGCAUUCGCGAGCUUCAUCCUCAAGCCAACGUAAUCUAUGCUGAUUACUACAAUGCAGCCAUGCAAAUUUACAAAUCUCCAAAAAAAUUUGGUUUUACAAGCACUAUUGUAGCAUGUUGUGGAGGAGGAGGUCCAUACAAUUAUGAUUCAUUGGCAAUUUGUGGUUCACCACUAUCAAAUGUGUGUAAUAAUCCUUCUUCAUAUGUUAGUUGGGAUGGUGUACAUUUGACAGAGGCAGCAUAUAGAUUGAUUGCCAAAGGCUUAUUACAAGGUCCAUAUGCAAUUCCUAGAAUGAAUGAACUUUGUUCUUUUGAUGGCUUAAGUAAGGGAAAAUCAGACCAGUAGCAUACUACUGUCUAAUGGCACUCGCAACCUUCAAAUUCUGAAUCUGCGUCUCUACAGAAAAUUGUAUAUAACUGUCCAAUAUUGAAACAUACGGUACACCAACUUUAGCUUGCAUUUGAUGGAGAGUUAGCACUGUUACAAGUUUGAAAGUAGUGAUGUAAUUAGUCUUGAUAUGUAAAUCUAGCUUUAUUUAAGUUUACAUUUAUUAAUUUAUUAGGCUGAGCCCCAAAUCAAAAGUGUUUUGUGGCGGUUGCAUACAGUUCAAUUGAGUAAUGUACAAUAUUUUCUGAUGGUGUGCGGCGAAAGACGAAUCCAUAAUUUGAAGUAUAUCGGUUCAGAAUUUUUAGCCCUUUUGAA